AUGGACAACUACAAUGCUACCAACAACACUCAAGAAACAACACCUGCUUCAACAGCUGCUGUGAACGAGGAGCACCGUACGGCCAUAGGAUAUGAUCGACAACAUCUUGCUUAUAGUCAGCCACACGUAUCCAUGCCAGCAGCAGCUCUCAUGACGACUCAAGCCAGCACUUCUCUUUACCGUGGUCCCAAUGGUGAAGUCAUUGUUGCACCCGCACCUCAACCACAAGAGGAAGAACCGCUCUAUGUCAAUGCAAAACAGUAUCAUCGCAUUCUCAAGCGGAGAGCUGCUCGUUUCAAGUUGGAGGAGAUGAAUCGGAUAGGUCGUGCUCGUAAACCAUACCUUCAUGAAAGUCGUCAUCGUCAUGCCAUGCGUCGUCCUCGUGGUCCGGGUGGUCGAUUCUUGACUGCUGCUGAAAUUGCUGAAUUGGAGAAAAGCGGAAAGCUACGCAACGGUGAAUGGGUCAAAGAAGACGAUGAGAGCAAACCCACGCAACAACAAGAUGCGAACAAUGACAUCAAAACGCAAUCCAAACCAGAGCAGCAGGGUGAUCAGCUCAAGGAAAACAACCAACACCACCAACAACAGGAUUAUGUGAACCUCCAAAUGUAG